AUGUGGAGCUUUACCAGAGCGUCUGGACGGUCCGUCCGUUCGUCCUUAUCCGAAUCUUUUCAUCGCAGCAGCGUGGCAGAGCCCCGUGCAAACCCUUCACUGCGGCUGUUGUCCGCGUGGUCUGCUUCGCUUUCCUCCGCUUCGAGAAUCGUUUCGCCGUUUCCGAGCAAGUCAGAGCCCUCAGGAAGUUCCGUUUCGUCGGCAUUCGGUUCACGAGCAACCGUACCACGAAGAACUCAACAGUCGCGUGUUUCGACAGCUAGAAAGCCCGUCCCCGCCGCUCGUCCUCCACCCUCCAGCUGCUUGAUCAGCGAAGGCGGCAUUGCGAGGAAACAACUCCGCACAAAUUCUCUCGAACCUGCCCAAGCUUGCAGGAGCCAGCUGUUUGUCAAGCCCUUGCGGCCUCGAACUUGCGACCGCAGUAGGCAGAUUAACCUUACACGUCCAUUCCACCGAUGUUUCUUCUCGACUGCUUCCUCGCCAACAAAGCCAGGAGGAGGCUCCGCUUCCAGCGGGCCGCUCCUCACUCCCAAGCUCGUCUUGCGUCGAGACGAAUCAGUCAAACGCCGUUUUCCGCACACUCUCGUUGAAGGCCAGUAUGCGGUGCUUCCAGCACAUCCAAUUCCCCCCUCGAUUCCGCGCCCUCCGUACGCAAGAUGUUCCACGGGACAAGCCGACAGAGGAUUCGACACAUCCGACACACCGGGAGAAGUUCAGACACCGGACGCUCUUAAGAAAAUCCGAGCAGCUGCCACCGUGGCGGCAAAUGCUCUGAAGCUCGGUCUCGACGCUGCGCGAGAGGGGGUGACUACUGAGGACCUCGACAAGAUUGUGCACGAGUACAUUGUUAGUGUAGGGGCCUAUCCUGCAGCAGUGAACUUCCACAACUUCCCCAAAGCUGUCUGCGCCUCCGUCAAUGAGGCUGUUUGCCAUGGAAUUCCCGACCUCCGUCCCCUCCAAGAUGGAGACAUCGUCACACUCGACUGCACUGCAUAUGUCGAUGGCUUCUUCGGAGACUGCGCAGGGACUGCGAUGGUCGGCAGUGUCACUGAAGCUCACCGUACGCUCGUUGAAACGACAAAAGACUGUUUGGACGAGGCCAUCAAGCUUCUGUACCCGGGGUUGCCCAUCAAGGAGGUCGGCCGAUGCAUCACAGCUCUUGCGGAGCAGAGAGGAUUCUCCGUUGUUCGCGAGUUCUGCGGCCACUUUAUCGGGAGAAAAAUGCACCUUCCACCUUUGAUUUGUCACGCCUAUCCAAACGAUACACAGGGUGUUUUCCGUGUCGGUCAAACUUUCACCAUCGAGCCAAUUCUCUGCGAGGGUGCCUCGGACCUCUUCACGUGGAACGACGGCUGGACCAUUGUGACCCAAGACGGCGGUCGAGCAGCACAGUUUGAACACACGAUCCUAAUGACACCCGAGGGAGCGGAGGUGUUAACGAAGCCGACCCUUUGA